AUGUACGAAGCUUGGAUGAAUGGGCAAGCUCCUCCGCCUUCAAUUCGAGAAUUUUUGAAUGCGAAUAUGCCAUUCCCCAUCCAAGUCUCAACAAGUGACCCGGUUUAUCCACCUGGGUUUGGACCCUACAUUAACACAUCUAAUACUGCUGGAACUUCCACGGUAAACCCGUUAAAACCAUCAAUGAUGAAUAAUCCACUUUUCAUGCCUACUAUCCAAACUAAUACAGUUCCUCAACCGACACUAGUAGAAAAAUCCAAUGAUGACCCUAUACUCAAAGAUCAAUACGGCCAAGGUCAUGCCCCUAAAUUAACUUUCAAUGUUCCUAACUCUUACCAUCACCAAUACGGUUCUCCCGUUGAAGUUGAGAAAAACAUUAAGAAUAGGGAACAUGAAGAAAUUGCAAGGAAAAUGGGGAGUUUGGAACAAAACAUAAGAAAUAUGCAAGGUCUGGGAGGACACAAAAGUGUCUCGUUUAAGGACUUAUGCAUGUUUCCAGAUGUUCACUUGCCUCUAGGGUUCAAAACUCCAAAGUUUGAUAAAUAUAAUGGUCAUGGCGAUCCAGUGGCUCAUUUGAGAAGAUUCUGUAAUCAGUUGAGAGGAGCCGGAGGAAAAGAAGAACUUCUUAUGGUUUACUUUGGAGAGAGUCUAACGGGCGUAGCAUCAAAAUGGUUUAUCGAUCAGGACAUUUCUCAUUGGCCCAUUUGGGAUGAUAUGGCAGAAGAUUUUGUCCAACAAUUUCAAUACAAUAUCGAUAUUAUUCCCGAUCGCAAUUCCCUGGCUAAUAUGAAAAAAAAGCCAUCAGAAAGUUUUAGGGAAUAUGCCAUAAGAUGGAGGGAUCAGGCGGCUAGAGUCAAACCGCCGAUGAAAGACUAUGAGUUAAUUGAUGUUUUUCUCCAAGCUCAAGAACCUGACUACUUUCAUUAUCUUCUCGCCGCAAUGGGCAAGCCUUUCGCCGAAGCGAUUAAGAUCGGAGAAAUGGUAGAGAAUGGCAUAAAGUCGGGUAAGAUUGUGAGUCAAGCAGCCAUUAGAGCGACCACACAAGCAAUACAAAGUGGAUCCGUUCUCAAUACUCAGGCAUAUGUCCGGCCUCCUUCACGCCAACAAUGGCGGGGGCCUGCCCCACAAGUUUCUCUCCCACAACAACAAAAUUUUCAGGCGCCAUACAAUCCACGUCCCCGGACAAACUAUACGAGAGAACAAGGUCAAAAAGAAAAUUUUACCCCAAUUGGGGAAUCGUAUACGAGUUUGUUACGAAAAUUGAUACAAUUGAGACUGGUUGAACCUGUCAAUCCGUACGUUGUCAAUCCAAAUGCAAGAGGUUUUGAUCCGAUUGUUAUAUGCGAGUAUCACGCCAACGCUCCAGGUCAUAGCACAGAGAAUUGUUGGACCCUAAAAAGAGUCAUUGAGAAGUUAAUUGAGGAUAAGGUAAUCGAGGUACGCAAUGAGGAAGCACCGAAUGUCACCAAUAACCCACUCCCUGCUCAUAAUAAUGAGCGUGUUGUGGGGAUGGUUGACAUUUUUGAAGAUCAUGAGCAAACAAGUAGAACAAAAGUGGAAAGCAAGGUUUCAAGAGAAGAGUCUAGUAUGGUUUUAGAACCCAUACAAAGGGCACCGAUAAUUGUUAAAGGUGCGCGUUCGAAUUCUGGGAACUCGAAGAAGCUAGUGUUGUAUGUCCCUGAGUCUAUAAAAAGAGGAGACGUACCGUUGAAUGGACCAGAAUUCUACAUUCCUGGUAAAUUUUCAACGUUUGAUCAAAAUCAAAAAGGUAUGAAAGAGCCAGUUGUGAUACAAAUUGCAGCACAACUUCCUAUCACAAACACCAAGGCCGUUCCGUGGAACUACAACAAAGUCGUCGUUACUCACAAGGGAAAGGAGAUUGUCAAAGAAACAAAUGAAACAAGAGGCUUAACUCGUUCCGGAAGAUAUUAUGCUCCGGAAGAAUUAAGGAGGGACAAACAAAUCAAAGAAAAUCAGUUGCCGAUGAAAAAACCAGUCACUGAGGAAGAUGCUGAAGAGUUUCUGAAAAAGAUGAAAGCUCAAGAUUAUUCUGUUAUAGAUCAGUUGAGGAAAACUCCUGCUCAAAUCACUUUAUUGUCAUUACUCAUACAUUCUAAAGAACAUCGUGAAGUGUUGACCAGAAUUUUGAAUGAGGCACAUAUAUCAGAAAAUAUUACAGUAGGUCACUUGGAAAAGAUGGUCAAUCGAAUUGUUGAGGUAAAUAGAAUCACUUUCACUGAUGAUGAAUUGCCCUUGGAAGGAUCUGGACAUAAUAGGGCUCUACAUUUAACCGUGAAAUGUGAAGAACACUAUGUGGAGAGAGUCAUGGUCGAUGGAGGAUCAGGUGUAGACAUAUGCCCUCUUUCCACUCUACAAAGCUUGAAAAUAAACACUGAUAGGAUUCGUACUAACAAUGUUUGUGUACGGGCAUUUGAUGGUGCAGAACGGGAUACUCUUGGUGAAAUAAACUUAAUUGUUACAAUUGGACCAGCGGAGUUUGGAAUCACUUUCCAAGUUAUAGACAUGGACACGUCUUACAAUCUGCUUUUGGGUAGGCCGUGGAUCCACAUGGCUAGAGCUGUGCCAUCUACUCUACACCAAGUGGUCAAGUUUGAACAUGACAAACAAGAAAUCAUUGUCCAUGGUGAAGAUGAUCUCCCGAUCACCCGAGAUCCUUCAAUACCAUGCAUUGAGGCUAAAAGAGGUUGUGAAUCCCUCAACUAUCAGGCUCUAGAGAUAAUAACGGUUAAUCAGUUCUUAGAAGGAAAUCCUAUCCUCCAACCUCGUCUGUCCUCUACUUCCGUCAUGGUGGUGGCUCAAAUGGUACAAAAUGGCUAUGAACCAGGAAAGGGGUUAGGUUUGUCGUUACAAGGGAUUGUGAAUCCUAUCAGUCCAAUGGGUAAUCAAGAUACAUUCGGUUUGGGUUUCAAUCCAACUAGAUUUGAUAGAAAAUGGGCAAAAGAUCGUAAAAGAAAUGCUUGGAAUCUGUCGAAGCCGAUCCCCCAUAUUGCUCAAUCUUUCAUUAAAUCUCAGGGUGAACCGUGUCCAGAAUUACCAAUCCAAAAUGAUGUGGAUGAAAUGUGCCAAGGUAUCAAGGAAAUGUUUUAUGAGGUAAAUAUGACUCAGAGGGGUGAGGGCACUAGUCAUAUGGAUGUGCAGUUUAUCGGCCCGAAUGUCCAACUCAAUAACUGGAAAGCCACUCCUCUCCCUACAAAAAAGGAGUCAUGUUACGUUAACUUUAAUAAUAUGACAUGCAUGUGGAGUUUACAAUUAGAUCCUAAAAAGUUGUCUGAUCUCAUAACAAUGAAUCCUAAGUCUAAGGAAUAUGAUGAAGAUGAAGCUGAUGAAGAAAUUAAAAGGGGUUUGGAUCAAUUUGAAAAUAAGCCUAAACCUAAUUUAGGUGAAACAGAGGUGUUUAAUUUGGGAACUCCCGAAGAAGUGAAAGAAAUAAAGAUAAGCAUUCAUGUCGAUCGAACUAUUCGAGACGACAUAAUUCAAGUUUUAAUUGAAUACAAAGAUGUCUUCGCUUGGUCAUAUGAUGACAUGCCUGGGUUAAGUGCUGAUUUGGUAGUUCACAAACUUCCCAUACAUCCUGAUUUUCCACCUGUCCAGCAAAAGCAGAGAAAAUUUAAGGCAGAUAUGAGCGAUAAAAUCAAAGAGGAAAUCAUGAAACAACUGAAUGCAAAAGUGAUCAGGGUCGUCCAAUACACUACUUGGUUGGCUAAUGUUGUGCCAGUACCAAAAAAGGAUGGAAAGAUCAGAGUUUGUGUUGAUUAUCGAGAUUUAAACAAAGCAAGUCCAAAAGACAAUUUUCCACUACCCAACAUUCAUAUCUUGGUUGACAAUUGUGCUAAACACGAGAUUCAAUCUUUUGUGGACUGCUACGCCGGAUAUCACCAAAUUCUCAUGGAUGAAAAAGACGCUGAAAAAACUGCUUUCACUACCCCGUGGGGUACAUAUUGUUAUAGGGUCAUGCCAUUUGGUCUAAAAAAUGCAGGGGCAACCUACAUGAGAGCUAUGACUACAAUAUUUCAUGACAUGAUGCAUAAAGAAGUUGAGGUAUAUGUCGAUGAUGUCAUCAUUAAGUCUAGAACGCAAACUGACCAUGUGCGUGAUUUAAGAAAAUUUUUCGAAAGGUUGAGAAAGUACAAUCUCAAGCUUAAUCCGACUAAAUGUGCAUUUGGAGUUCCAUCUGGCAAGCUUUUGGGUUUUAUAGUUAGCCGAAGAGGCAUUGAAUUAGACCCCUCCAAGAUAAAGUCCAUUCGAGAAUUGCCACCUCCAAAAACCAUAACUGAAGUCAUGAGUUUUCUGGGAAGGUUAAACUAUAUUAGCCGAUUCAUUGCUCAACUCACUACUACAUGCGAGCCGAUAUUCUAG